CUUCUUCCUACAAACAACGCUUACCUUCGUUGUGGUUAGAACUCCGCCCAACCAACUGUGGUUGGUUACAUUCCUCCAGUUUUGCCUGCUGCGGUUGGCUAAACUAAAUGCCAAUUGUUUAUCCCAAUUAAAGUAAUUAUCUCGCUCCAUGUAGUAAAAAACAACAACAAAUUGACAAAAUGUCAACAUUGCAUCAAUAUGAAUGUAGGCUGUGUUGUAAUGUGGAUGUUUUUCAUGAGAUUCGUUUUUUUUUCAUUUAUGGAUUCAUUUUAACCGGUUUCGUUCUGGGUUUUACAAAUUUACAUCAACGAUGGUGAUUGGCUACUGGACCUAUCCAUCAUGCACAUUCCAACACCCUCCCUAUUCACUGUUCAUUCUUCACUAGUCAUUUCCUGGCAGGAACCCUAGGUUGAAAAUGCUAAGUAGGCAGGAAGAGCCCUUUACGGCACCGGCUUUUUUUUUGUGGUAUCACUUAUCAAUCCAACUGCCAAGUCAAACGGGAGGAAUUCACCGGCUAUAGCCAAGAAAGGGCUGUGGACAUCUUCAAUACCAGUAGAAGGUAUCACUGAAGUGACUUUCGUGGCACAUUACAGCAAAAACUUGUUGAAAUUUACAGUAUAUUGACUAAGUUACAUUGUAACGAGGCUCAGCAUCCACCUCAUCACUUCUCAGCUGGCAGACGUAGCUAAAAUAGCUAACGUUAGCUAGCUAGCUAUUAUACCGGUUGCUAGUAAGCCAACCGAGUUAGCAGAGAAUUAAAGAAGUCAACCGUUAUGGGCUAAACCUGGAUAACGGUGGAAUAAGAUGGUUACAUUGCAAGGUUUACAUUUGACUGUUUUGUCUGCACUACUUUUAGUAGUCCUUCUGAACAAUUUAGUUAGAACGCACGUGACGUGGUGGCUAAAAUAGACUUGUCCAUUUUUGGCAGCUAGCCAAGCUACCCCAAUUCACAUUAAAUUUAGAUAUAGUAAAAUAUCGGCUAUCGAUUUUAAUAGUUUGAUAAUAUUGGUUCCACCCGUAUGAUGCACAAGCAAGGGUCGUUCGUGUCCCCCUUGCUCAGCGUGGUCUUCUGUCAAUGCCAAGCAGAUGAGGCGCACCGGGGAUCUGACCCAGGUGGCGGGGUCGAGGAUACUGGGGGUCCAUCCUUCCCAUCCCCACCUCCAGCUCGGGAGCGGCCGUUGUCAGGAGAGAAAACAGGUUCCUGUGAUGACUCCUGUGAGCCAUCGUAUCCAUGCGAACUUUGUGGUGGACCCGAGCAGGACCACAGACUGAAAGUGCUGUUUCAAGUCCUGGACGUGAAUGGUGAUGGGGGCAUCUGCGUCAACGACCUGUCCAUUGGGCUCAAGAAACUGGGGGUUCAUCGCACAGAACUCGAGCUUAUGAAAAUAGUUAAAGCGGGAGAUAAGGACCUGGAUGGCCAGCUGGACUUUGAGGAGUUUGUCCACUAUCUUAGAGACCACGAAAAGAAGCUCCGGCUGGUCUUCAAAAGCCUGGACAAGAAGAACGAUGGUCGUAUUGACAAGCAGGAAAUCAUGCAGUCCCUUCGAGACCUGGGGGUUAACAUCUCCGAGCAGCAGGCAGAGAAGAUCCUCAAAAGCAUGGACAAGAAUGGCACGAUGACCAUCAACUGGAACGAGUGGAGAGACUACCACCUACUGCACCCCGCCAAUAACAUUCCCGAGAUCAUCCUGCACUGGAAACACUCAACGAUAUUCGAUGUGGGGGAGAGUUUGAUGGUGCCAGAUGAGUUUACAGCCGAGGAAAAGAAGACUGGGAUGUGGUGGCGACACUUGGUGGCUGGAGGGGCAGCCGGCGCCGUGUCUCGAACCUGCACCGCACCCCUGGACCGGCUCAAAGUGCUCAUGCAGGUCCACGCCUCCCGUACCAACAGCAUGUGCAUUUCCGGCGGCUUCACCCACAUGAUACGCGAGGGCGGUAUGAGGUCACUAUGGCGAGGCAAUGGCAUGAACGUCAUCAAGAUCGCCCCUGAGUCAGCCAUCAAGUUCAUGGCUUACGAGCAGAUCAAACGUUUGAUAGGCAGCAACCAGGAGACACUGGGCAUCCUGGAGAGGUUUGUGGCGGGAUCUCUGGCUGGAGCCAUUGCCCAGAGCAGUAUUUACCCCAUGGAGGUGUUGAAGACCCGCCUAGCCCUGAGGAAGACAGGCCAGUUCUCUGGCAUCGCUGACUGCGCCAAACACAUCUUCCGGAAGGAGGGCAUGGCCGCCUUCUACAAGGGAUACAUUCCCAACUUGAUAGGCAUCAUCCCCUACGCUGGCAUUGACCUGGCUGUCUACGAGACUCUGAAGAACUCAUGGCUGCAGCGCUAUGCCACAGACAGUGCUGACCCGGGGGUGUUCGUCCUGUUAGCCUGCGGUACCACCUCCAGCACCUGUGGACAGCUGGCCAGCUACCCCCUGGCCCUGGUCAGGACCCGAAUGCAGGCUCAAGCCACCAUCGAGGGCGGUCCCCAGAUGACCAUGUCGGGGCUGUUCCAACACAUUGUGAAGACUGAGGGGGCAUUUGGACUCUACCGAGGCCUGGCCCCAAACUUCAUGAAGGUCAUUCCAGCGGUCAGCAUCAGCUAUGUGGUCUACGAGAACCUCAAGAUGAGUCUGGGGGUGGUGUCACGUUGAGGUCUGGGGGCAGAGGGAGGUAGCACCUCCCCUUAAGACCAAGUUGUUCAUUUUUGCUUUGCCAAGCAACGGUGCGGGUGACUUGGAAAAAAGGGAGGAAUCUCAGCAGACAGAGCUGGGGUUGUUAGAGACCAUCUCAUUCUGUAAAUGUUAUGAAGACAGAUGGGGAGAUGUACAUGGAGGGAGGGAAGAGACAUAUUACAACACUAAGGACAAAAAAAGCAAUGGAGAGAUGGGAACGGACACUAUGACUGGAAGAAAGGUGGGGAUGGAGAUCCUCUCACAUAGCUGUAAUCUUAAAGUAUCAUUAUGUAAGGAGUUAUUUUAUCAAUCCAGAGGCACUUCAACAUGAGUCCACUGUUGGCUUUUUAUUAUCAAAUUUGAAGACCCAGGUUAACUGAAAAGCAAUCUCUUCACUGGAACUCCAGUAUUCUCCAACCUGCUUGAAAUUUGUUGACGGAAAUGUAUUUAGGGACCAAAAAUCUGCUUUUGUUUGUCCGUUGCACUGUGGCGGCUACUGUUAUGUUCACUCAAUAGUACUAUCCUAUAGGUGGCAGUAUUAGUCAACCUAUCUGGCUUGUGAAAGACUGAUUUUCUAAUUGUCAUCUAAAGUUGUCCUAUGUAAUAUGUAUCCGCCUUAAUGCAGCAUUCAUUAAAAUGUAAGAGGCUGCAACUA